CCAUGACGCUGCAGAUACUUCAGGAGACGUAGGACUCAUGGCAACGAUAUGCAAAAAGCUCUUCAUGCUGCUAUCGAUGAUUGUGGAGGCGACUACCAGCAUGGACAGGAAGACUAGUUGGACGAACCCGGACCCGACUGAAAUCGAGGACCUUGACGGGAUGCGACGACGACCCGGAGAGAGAGAUCACGAGAAGCUGGCAACGAUGACUGUUCGAUAUCAUCAGGACAAGAACGACGAGGACCAUAAGAAGCACGAUGGUGAGUUGAGCCUACUGACAGUGGUUUUGACUCGCCAUUUGACAACUUGUGACACUGGAAAGUUGCGAUCUUAUGGGGCCCCUUGAACAUGGAAUCACGACCACUUCAUAAAAGACCAUGAUUUAA